AUGGCUGCUGAUGCCAACAAGUAUGACACAAGCGAGGCUCGCGUGCAAAGAAACAGACAGCUGGCCGACCUUGGUAGUGAGAGGAGAUUCGAAAUAACAACCGCCGAGGAUAGGGAUUAUGAUCCGUUCAUUGGGUAUACUGAACGAGAUCUGGUGGCCUUUCGUGACUCGGUGCAGAACGCUCAGACGUUUCAGCUCCAAAAAGAGAACCAAGCUCAUCUUGCUAGAUGGUCUAAAUUCCACGAAACUGUCGAAGACGCGGAAAAGGACCUCCCAGAUUUAAUGAAUGGGCAGAGUCAUCGUGCUCGCCUUCAUUUUGAAAUGCGAAACAAGGGAGCGCAGAUAACUACGGCAGUCCAAAGGAUGGCACCACCGCAGGCUCCUCGAGCCAGUUACAUGCAGGGAUUUGGUCAAGACACCUCAGCAGGACGUGAAUACAUCGGUGGCCUAGUUGAUCCAUCUGCUUGGUUGGAAGAUGCCAGGCGAAAGUUGUCAAGCCAAUCUGAUAAGUCCACUCAGCCUGAGGAGGAAUCUGUUCAACCUAUUCAACUUGUGCAGCCCUUACAGCCUACACGGCUUGAGGAGCCUGUUCAAACCAUUCAACCUGUCCAAUCCGUUCAGCCUAGUCGUCCUGAGGAACCUACUCAUCCUGAUCAACCAAAUCAGCCAACUCCAUUGAAACCCAAGUCUCCUACGAGAAUCCAGCCAGUCACGAAUUUCGAGAAACAAUUUAUAAGAUCUAAUCUUCCUAAACCUCUAACAAGCAAUUCAAAGUCGCAAUCACAAGCACAGUCACAGCAUGACCCGGAAGAGGAUUUAUUGCUUGCUUUUGACGCCACCCCCGAGAAGAUUCAAUUAGGAGUGCUGAAACCUAACACAGUGUCAGACCUAAUAGAUCUUGAUGAGGCAAGCCUGGUUGACGAUACAGUCGCGUCAACCACUCAGGAUAAUAUUUUCAGAUGGCUGCAAGAACUCGGUGUUAUAAAUGACACACUGGCAGACUUCGAUUUCUCCAACGUUAACCAAAAGAAGGCGCUUACAGAAAGGAAGGAUCAACUUGUAACCAUGCUUAAUGCAGCCUUAACGAAGAAGAACGACAAUUCACAGGUGACAAAACAACAUGAGAAGAAGGCUGAGCCAGUGGCGUCUCCAUUGCAAAAAUCAGUCAAAGCUCAACUAUUUGUGCCUCUACCCAAAUCCGUUGGUCUCGGAGCCAGUGUCCGUAGACCAUUAGGCAUGGAAGCCUCCAGAUAUGCUCCAUCGAGAAUCAAUGUGGACGAAGCAAACGACAAGUCCAAAGAGGCUACAGAUAACUCUAUCGAUUAUUGGCAGAAAACAUUGCCUAAGAGAGUGUCUUCGAAGCAGUCCGACAACAAUUCCAGCGCACCAUUGACGGUUUCCAAACAACAGAAGAAAGUCGACGCCUCUCCUCCGUCCAAAACAAACAGCAAGUCCUUGUAUGAGUCUCGCUAUGCUUGUUGA